UACGUCUUAAGAGAAACUAGUCCAAGCUUGUUAUUUUAUGUUGUCUUUUGAAUCCGUAUCUUGCUUUUAAAACGAUUGAACACAUGUAAAAACGGUGAAUAAUUCCUGUAGAUUCAUUAAAGAAACCUGCCUUCAGCAUCAAUUUCUGUCAUUUUUUUAAUUUAAAGGACAAAGUUUAAAAUAUUUGUCACACUAUGAACUUGACUUUCAUCUUUAUGCUGAUGACUGUCAGGUCUGUGCUCCUAUUAAAGCUAAGGUAUUAGCUCUGAGUUGUCUUUGUUAGGUUAAUGACUGGUCGUAGUUUUCUCCAGAUUAACGAGUAAGACUGAGUUGAUUAUGUUUGCACCGAGUGGCGCUCCUGUAGAUACUCAGUCGUUGAUGCGUGGCUUUUCAUAUGAGGCAAAGGAGGUUGUUUCUAAUUUGGGUGUUAAGAUUGAUUCUCAGCUUAAUUUUGAUGACCAAGUAAGGUUAAAUCCUUUUUGACAAGGAAUGACUUCGAGAAGCUUCUCCAUGCAUUUAUAACAUCUCAUUUAGACUACUGCAAUAGUGUUUAAUUGGGUAUUAAUCAUGGAAGUAUCACUAGGCUGCAUCUAUUUCAGAAGGCUGCAGCUCGUCUCCUGACUGGCACACACAGGUUGGAUCAUAUUACUCCUGUUCUUGCCUCUCUGCAUUCGAUCCCAGUUACGUUCUGUGCGAACUCCUCGUGCCAUGCGUUCCAUCUCGUGGAUUGUUUUCGGCAGACCAGCAUAAGUUGAGUGUACCUAGGGCAAGGCUACAGAAAAGAGGUUUUAGAUCUUUCUCUGUGGCAGCACAAACUCUGGAAUAUGUUGCCUAUCUCUAUUAGGCAGGCGUCAUCUGUUAAAUAAAAGCUACUGAAAACUUACUUUUACUCGGCAGCUUUUACUAUUCUUUAAUGACUUGGUAGUCCCGUUUUUUUAUUAUUUCUUAUGCCUGUGUUUUAUGUUUUCUUGUGUUUUUACUUGACUGCUUUUAUUUUUAUGUAUUUAUUCAUAUGUUCAGCUUUUGGCCGACAUUGUUGCAUUUAAAUUCGCUAUACAAAUAAACAUGAUAUAAAAUGUGAUAUUUGUGACUACAAUUUAGAUUUUUUGUGACUUUUUGUUUGCGCAUAUGUUUUUUUUAAAAACAGUUCAGUUGCUUUAGAUCAUAUUGUAAACCAUAAUUUGUACCACAUGUUUUUUUCUUGAAUGGUCACAAGAAAACCUACAUUUUUUAAUAUGAUCAGUUUUAUGUUUUGCUGUGAUUCUUUCUAUUAGGACAAAGUCAAAUUCGCAGGAAAAUUGGUAUUAUGGCGUUUGUAUUUUGUCAUCAGAGUUCAUCAAAUGGUCGUACUUCCUCUAGCGACCACUGGGUGGCGACAAUGAGUAAUGCAAUCCGUUUCAGCCCCAGGAUUACCUAUGAGAAGAACAUAGAUGUUUUCAGGAUAUUGUUAAAAUCGUUUAUGUUUUGGUUUGAAUAAUGUGUCUUCAAAUGCUUUAUGAUUUAUAUUAGUUUGUAAUAAAAAGCAAAAAAGUAGUUGCCUUUAUCUUCUGCGCUUGCGCACUUUAAACAAGCCAUGUCCAGCUGCUCUUCCGCCCCGCCAACUAGGACUGCAGGGUCUAGCGGACGUCGACUUACAACAUCCCCGAGUUUGUUAGUUUCUCAAACGGAAUACUUUCUGGCACGGUAUGGAUAGCUCGCAAAACAGUAAUAAUGAUCCACCUCUGCUGCUGCCGUCUCUUCGGCUCUUCAUUCCUCCCCUCCGCCUGGUGUCUGCAUCCAUGUGGCACAUCGUGCAAAUGGGGAGUGUGCAGGAUUACGGGAUGGUGGAGGAGUUCAUCAGCACGGUCACAGAAAUAGUUCCAGAGCUGUUGAAUGCAGACCAGAAAGCUCAGCUCCUCCUGGGACUCCGAGCACGAGUUGUUCUGGAAAUGUGUCGAUCUGAGCAGAUCUCGGACACAGAAGCCAUCGAGAUGCACCUGGACCAGAUAAAGACUCUGGUGUCGACGUGGGCAGCGCAGCCUUGUUUUACAGAUGUUCAGUUUCCAGAGUCAAACUUUGUGCAUCAAGUUGAGUUGUUUCUGAAAGACCCAGAAGAGAGGGAGAAGUUUUUCCAGGAUGUUUUUCCUACUGAUUUUGGACCUGAUUAUGACCACGCCCUGCAGAUGCUCAUGCUGGACUUCCUGUCCAGAUUGGAGAAGCUUCUCCCAGUUCCAGACAUCCAGCAGACUGCAGCCAUGCUCAGUGCUGCCCCAUCUGCCCUGGAGGAGUGUAUACAUUCUGUACCCGACCCCCAGCACCUGAAAACGGUGCUCCGGUACCACGCAACACUCGGACACUUCGAUUUCUCCGACGAAACUCAAACCAUUCCGUCCUCCUUCGGAAACUGCAUCAUGUCCUCCCUGUCCCUCCCUCAGCUGGAGAAGAUCGUGAUCCAUCCCAACCAACUGCACAUAGCGCCUUCGGCAGAGCAGAUUCCAGGUUGUAUGACCGUUCAGGUGGAGGGCGAGACGGUGACCCUGCUGGACUACAUUCAGAUAGAGCAGCCGACCGGUCUGAUGGAGGCUGACGAUCACGAAGAAACUGACCUAAAAGUGGAGGAAAGGGAAGAGGGAGAACUGCUGGAGGAUUUAGGUGAGGCCUUAAAGCCGGCAGCUUUUCAGCCGCUGAAGCAAAGCCGUAGGCUCAAGCUGAAAAGAAGAGCUUUAAAAGAUGACGAGGAUCCAGUGGCGGCUAAAAGGCUCCGGAAAAAAUACUCCAACAACAAAACGUGUCCUGUGUGCAAUAAGACGUUCCUGCGAGCGGCAGCCAUGCGGCGUCACCAGGAAACCCACAACGAAAACCGGGACUUCAAGUACAAAUGCAGCAGCUGCGACAAACGAUUCAGGGACCAUUAUGACUUGAACCGACACGAGAUGCGUGUUCACGAAAAGGGAGAGUUUAGCAAAAGCAUCAACGACGAGGACCUGGAGGAUCCCAACGCCUUUGAGGUCCUGGAAACUAAAACCUGCUUGCUGUGUGGGAAGUAUUUUGCCCGGCAAGUAGAUAUGGAGCGACACAUGAAGUCCCACUCAGAGGACCGGCCGUACAAGUGCUCCUACUGUGAAAAGAAGUUCAAGAAUCCCUACGUCUUGAAGAGACAUGAGAGGGAAAUUUGUAAGAGCAGAGAGCAGAAAAAGCCCAAGAGGAAAGAGACCUCGCUAGCAAGUAUGGAGCCCUACUCGGAGAUCUCAGUGGAAGGGAAGAUUUGUCCGAUCUGCAGCAGGAUCCUUCCGUGCACUGCAGAUAUCGCAAAGCAUUUACGCUCCCACUCCGAGGAGAGACCCUUUAUCUGUGUCACAUGUGAGAAGGGCUUCAAGUACAAAGACACGCUGAAGAAGCAUCAGAUAAUUCACGGUCACGAGGGCGUCAAGGAGGAGCAGUGCAAGACCGUGGAUCAGAUCCUCGCUGAAGCAGACGCUCAGAAUUGUGGCGAUGCUGAUGAACUUGACAAAAAGGAGAGCGGUGCCGCACUGCCCGUGCAGAAGAACCCGUCUCCAGUUCUGAAGACCAAAAAGCCUCAUAAGGUGUGUCCAGUCUGUUCGAGAGCAUUCGACAGCAUCAAAACGCUGAACAGACAUCUACAGUGUCACACGGAGGAUCGUCCGUAUCAUUGCAUCCACUGCAAGAAGCGUUUUAAGCACAUGCACGGGCUGAAAAGACACCAGAUUUACGCCAUUUGUUACAAGAAAACUACUCGAUUCUUUUGGAGAAAGGAGUCGAGGGCAGGGUCCAGUCAUAGCGAAGUGAGCAGCGCCGAUGCCCAUCAAGGGCCACUGAAGAUACCCGUGUGGUGCUCAAACUGUGGAAAACACUUCGAGUACCCCUCCGCCUUAAAGGAACAUCAAGAAAAGGUUUGCAAAGUGGAGUUUAGAGAUGUAAUGAAAUGUGACGACUGUGGAAAGGAGUUUAAGAGCAUGACGAUGCUGAAGGUGCACCAGAGGAUCCACGAUCCGCUCUACUGCAAAGAGUGUGGGAAGAUCCUGGCAAACGAGGCCGCCUUUGAGAGGCACAAGCUGAUGCACCGACCGAUGCAGUGCACCAUGUGCGACAAGACCUUCACCUUACUGAGACGCUUGAGGGAGCACUACGAGAAGCAACACGACUUCUCCGGACCCUUUCCCUGUCCUCAGUGUGACAAGUCUUUCAUCCAGCUGUCCUACCUCGCCAUCCACCAGCGGAUACACAAAGGAGAGUUUCCUUAUGUCUGCAACAAGUGCCCAGAGAAGUUCCGCUCCUCCAACUGUCUGACGGUGCAUCAGCGGAAGCACACCGGCGAGAAACCCUUCCUCUGCUGGCAGUGCGGCAAGUGCUACCGCUCAGCCUCUGAGCUCACGGUCCACAUGGGAACCCACUCGGAGGAGAGACCCUGGGCCUGCACGCAGUGCGACAUGGCUUACCGCACAAAGCUGCAGCUCAAUAACCACGUAGAGCAGAUCCACAUUGGCGUCAGGUAUCCCUGUAACACCUGUGGGAAGCAGUUCAUGAAGGAGACGUCCCUGAAGAGGCACGAGCUCAUCCACACCGGCGAGAGGCCUCACCAGUGCACCGUCUGCGGGAAGACCUUCCUGACCGCCAACGAGCUCCGCCUCCACAACAGGUACCACACCGGAGAGCGGCCGUACAAAUGCGACGUGUGCAGCAAAGCCUUCAUCCAAUCAGGUUACCUCAAGUCACACAUGCGCAUUCACACGGGAGAGAAGCCGUUCACAUGCGACAUCUGCGACAAAGGCUUCAGGUUGUCGUAUCACAUGAAGAAACACAGACGGACGCACACCGGGAAGCCUACGAGCUACAUCUGUGAGGAGUGUGGGUCCGCGUUCAUACAGAAGAAAGCCCUGUGGGAACACUCGCUCAGUCACGAUGUGAAAGUCCAAUCAGCGUUCGCAGAAGAAGUCGGGAUAGAGUUUCAGUAGGCGUUUUUGAUCCUUCAUACGGACCCAAUUUCACCAAAAAGAAAGAAAAACCUUCAUUCUGGUUUUUUUUUUUGUACAAGUUGGUGCUUUUUAAUUUCCUUUUCAAGUUACCUUAGAUUUGUAACUGAAAUGGAGAAUUAGCCAAAUGCAUUUUUGAAGCCAUUGACAAAAGUUGUGAGUUUUUGAAACUAAAUAAAACUUGAAUGUACUCAUUGUUUUAUUCAAAGAUGUAAAUAAAAUGGGAAACACGAA